UGAAUUUGCAGAGCAAUUUGAGAUCCAGCUGACAGGAGCCACUGGUGGAGCAGUCCUUGGGCUCCACCUAGUGAGCCAGGUCACUAUUGCUAAAAGUGACUCCCCCCAGGGCAUCGUCCGAUUUCUCAAUCAAAGUCGAAUUAUUCUUCCCAACCCUGAUACACCCACGGCAGUAUCCCUGGUGCUGGAAAGGGCUGGAAGAUUUUUAGGGGAAACACAGAUUAAUUGGGACAUCUUGGGACCCAAUUCAGAAGAGAUUUUACCUCCCCUGAAUAGUGACAUUGGUGACCCUGUGAAUGGAUCAUUCUAUUUUGGAGAAGGAGAAGGAGGUCUGAGAACUAUUAAUCUACAAAUCUAUCCUCAUGAAGAAGUUGAAGUUGAGGAGAUCUUCAUUAUUAGACUGAGUCUUAUGAAAGGUGAAACAGAAAUAGAUCCUAAAGCAAACAGCAUUACACUAAUAAUACAGAAGUUUGGUGAUCCCAAUGGAAUUGUACAGUUUGCUCCUGAAUCAUUAACUGAGAAUAACUACACAGAACCCUCAGCAGUGGAAGGACCACAAAGCAUUACACUGUUUGUCAGACGGAUUCAAGGCACUCUGGGAGACAUAACGGUUUACUGGGAAAUACAUAGUGAAUCUGACAUCACAGGUGACUUUCUUGGGACAGAGGGAUCUGUUGUCAUUGCUGACCAGCAGAGGACAGCUGAGAUAAUUAUCUACCUGUUACCUGAUGAUGUUCCAGAACUGGAUGAAAACUAUGUGGUGCAGCUGAUUUCAGUAGAAGGAGGAGCAGAUUUAGACCAAGAGAAAAGAACUUCAAAGUUCAAUGUAUUUGCAAAUGAUGAUCCUUACGGAGUGUUUGCCCUGUAUGCUGAUCAGCAGUCAGUAUUCGUAGAGAGAAAUCUGGAUCGGUAUGUUCAGAUUAAUGUAACUCGGCAUGCUGGGGCAUUUGGAGAAGUGAUCCUUGAGUACCAUAUCAUGUCUCUUCAUGAAGAAGUGCUAAUUGAACCUGAGAAUGAGGUGGGAUACCUCAUAGUAAAAGAUGGUGCCAGCUUUGGAGUGAAAAGGGUGCCAAUAAGCAACCAGGCAUUUAUUUUACUGGGCUUGAAUUUUACUGUGGAACUGACUAAUGUAAGCCUGGUUAGAGGAAGUGCCAAGGAUGUGCCUAAAAUAUUAGGAAAAGCAAAAUCGACUGUUCUGCUUAUUCCUGAGGAAGCUGCCAAUUCACAGGUUGGCUUUGAAUCUGUGGUUUUACGUCUUACAGACAUUGUAGCAGGGACUGGCCAGGCUGUCAUAACCAGAAAAGGAGUUUACGGCUCUGUAAUAGUUAGCUGGAUUUCAGGAUACCCACCAGACCUAAUCACUGACUUUGCUCAGCCAGGCAAUAUUACUCCUCCAUUUGGUACUGUUGUAUUUUCCUCUGGUGAGCAAAGUAAAGUAAUUCCAUUUCAGGCUACUCCAAGCCUAAAUAAACAUGAGUCAUUUGCCAUCACUUUAACAGCAGUGCACAGCAAUGUGUCUGGUGGGGCUCGCCUGAGAUCAGGGUUUACAAUAGCUGAAAUUGAGCCAAUGGGGAUCUUUCAAUUUGCUCUUAACUCAAGAUACGUUUCAGUUGAAGAAGAUGUUCAGACAGUCACACUAUAUGUCCAAAGAUUGUUUGGUUUUCAAAGUAAUCUCACUAAACUGACAUAUCAGACCAUUCCAGAAAGUGCCAAACCACUAGAGGACUUUAUACCCAUCUACAACGGAGAGCUUAUGUUUCUACGUUUUCAGACAAGUGCUGUGAUAGAAAUAUCAAUAAUUGAUGACAGUGUGUCUGAAAUGGAGGAAUAUUUUUUUGUAAAUCUGACUGCUGUGGAAAUUUUGGAUGUUCAACCUGUGAAUCCUGCAUGGAGUCCACGUUUGAAUACAGCUUUCAGUGUUGCAACAGUUAAUAUCCUGGCUAAUGAUAUUCUUCAUGGAAUGCUGAGUUUGGGGCCAGAGUUUAUUUAUGUUGAAGAAGAUGCAAACAACAGUACCCCCAACACAGUGAUACUUCAUAUCAGAAGGACCAAGGGUUUUACUGGGGAUAUUGAAGUAACUGUUAAAACCUUUGGGGGAGUGGGUGCACAGAGUGGAGUAGAUUCAUAUGUUUUUGGAAAUCUCUAUGGAAAAUCAAACUUCACAUGGGCAAUGGAGGGAGAAGAUUUUGAGGAACAGUCAAUCUCUCUGACUUUGCUGGAUGGACAAAGAGAGAGCAAGGUGUCCAUAGAAAUUUUUGAUGAUGAUGAGCCUGAAGGACAGGAAUUGUUUUAUGUUUUCCUCUCAAAUCCUGAAUAUGGAGCUCAGAUUGUGGAAGGAAAGGAUGAAUAUGGAUUUGCUGCUUUUGCAACAGUAAUUAUUGCAGGAAGUGAUCUCCAGAAUGGCAUUUUGGGAUUCAUUCCAGAAGUACAAAGUGGUCUUGUACUUGAUGAAGACUCAGAAAACAGAGAGGUGAUGCUGAUCGUCUCAAGGCAACCAAACAGGGCUUUUGAAGAUGUGAAGAUCUUUUGGCGUGUGACCUUUAAUAAAACAGCUGUUGUCCUUCUGAAGGAUGGCAUGAACUUGGAGAAUGAACUUGUAUCUGUGCUGGGAGCCACUACCUGCAUGGCAGGUCAAACAAUGUGCAACAUCUCCAUUGAAAUAAAACCUGAUAAUGUACCUGAAUUUGAAACAUAUUUUUUUGUUGAGCUGUAUGGUGUAAGCACAGGAGCUGCAUUGAACAGCAGUGCCAGAUUUGCUUUUAUAACAGUCCUUGAAAGUGAUGCUCCUCAUGGUUUAGUAUAUUUUGCUGUGGGAUCUCGUUUUGCUGUGGCUCAUAAGAGGACAACUUUAAUCAGUCUGCAAGUGCUUAGAGAUUCUAGUACAUCAGUAACCACAAUGGUUAGCUACAGCAUGCAGGAGCUACAAAAAGCUGAACCUGUUGGUCGGACCUUCAUAUCUCCAGCUGUGGCAGGACAAGAUUUUGCCAGAUCUGAAGGUUUAUUGACUUUUGAACCUGGACAGAGAAAUACAUUUCUGGAUGUGACCUUGACUCCAAAAACAGGAUCUUUAAACCCAUUUCCUAAACGUUUCCAGGUUGUACUUUCUAAUCCCACAGGCGGUGCCAGAGUGGAUGACGUGUAUGGUAUUGCUAAUGUCACCAUUGUCUCAGAUUUGGACUCCUUGCCAGUUUGGGGGCUGAUUGAUCAACUGCAUCAGCCUCUUGAUGACACCAUUUUACACAGAGUCCUCCAGAAUCUGAAUGUCAAAGUGGCUACAGAAACUACAGAAGAGCAGCUUACUGCUGUAAUGCUUAUAAUAAAUAAGGUUACAGAUGUAGGUGAAAAACAGUUACUCACUGAUAAAAGUAGAAGUCUUUUCUAUGAGAUACUCUGUGCUCUGGCUAGCCCGAAACGCGAGGACACACGAGGAUAUAGCCUGCUUGCUGAGGCAACAGAGAAGUUUGCUUUUUCCCUUUCAACUGGGAUAAUGUGUGGAUCACCAGGAGAAAGAGGUAAAAAUAUUCUUGACAGCUGCCCGUACAUUGCAAUAAUGGCUCACAACUGGUUUCCUCAACAAAUCAAUGGACACAGAUUUGAUGGAAAAGAUGGGGAUUCUAUUCAAAUACCUGAACAUUUACUAGAGGUCUCUGUUGUAUUAUCGCCUCCUCAAGAAGAGAAUUGUGAAUCUGUACAGUUCACAGAAUACAGCAGUCAGCAGUGGUUCCUUACUGGAGAUAAAGAGCUUGCCUUGAAGAACAAGGUUUUUUCUAUGAGUUUGAAGGGUCGGAGUUCACACCCUUUGAAAGAUAACAAUGAAGUAAUUUAUCGGAUUUAUGCUACAGGAAGUCGGAUUGUUCCACAGAAGUCUCUAUGUCUCCUCUGGAAUCAAGCUGCUGAAAGCUGGCUGUCUGAUAGCGGGUUCUGCAAAGUGGUUGAUGACACGUCAGACUAUGUGGAAUGCUCUUGUUCUCACAUGUCCAUUUAUGCAGUUUAUGCCCAAACAGAUAACUUGUCUUCAUACAAUGAGGCUUUUUUCUCUUCUGGAUUCAUCUGCAUUUCGGGUUUCACUUUGGCUAUUAUCUCCCACCUUUUCUGCACCAGGUGUGCAAUGUUUGCAGCUAAACUUCUCACUCACAUGAUGGUUGCUUGUUUGGGUACUCAG